GUAUUGUAUAUUUUUCCGGCUCGACAGGAAGUGUAUGAAGUGUAAGGAGGGAACUGCCGUGCUCAUCAUUCGUGUCAGUGAUGCGUUUUGCCGGUCCUGCUUCAAGGAAUACUUCAUACACAAGUUUCGGGCCAUGCUGGGAAAGAAUCGAGUCAUAUUUCCCCAGGAGAAGGUUCUUCUGGCUGUUUCUGGUGGCGCCGCCUCUUCCUCGAUGCUCUCACAAGUUAUAGAGGGCUUGAGUCGGGAUGCUCCCAAAAAGUUACGAUUUAUGCCAGGAAUCAUUUACAUCGAUGACGGCGGCGCUUGUGGGCGGAGUCAAGAGGAGCGACAGCGAUCUGUAGAUCAACUGAAGAGCAUCUUCACACACACGGGCUUCCCGUACUUUAUAGUUCCUCUGGAGCAGGUGUUCGCUCUGCCCGCCUCUGUACUGGUGCCGGUCACUUCUGAUCCAGACCCGUCCAAUCCCAGCUAUAAACUCGCUGUGGACCAGUUCAUCCGAGAGGAGCAGAAGCGGACAGAAGAGGAUUCAGCCAGCGCUGUGGCUCGGCUCACUGUAGAGGACUCGGCUUACUCUCCUGAACACAAGCUGGCGCUGGAGAGCCUGUUCUCAUCACUGAACACACUGACAGCGAAAGAGGACAUGCUACACACACUCAGGCUUCACCUGAUCCUGCACGUCGCCCGAGAGAACGGUUUCUCGAAGGUCAUGAUGGGGGAAAGCUGCUCUCGACUGGCUGUGAAACUGCUGAGUAACAUCGCUCUGGGUCGCGGAGCAGCGCUGGCUUCAGACACGGGUUUCUGUGAUCCUCGGUUCGGGGAUGUGGUGGUCGUGCGGCCAAUGAGGGAUUAUUCCUCUAAAGAGAUCGCCGCGUACUGUAGGAUGUUCCACGUGCCGUCCGUCUUUAUCCCGGGACUGGAGACCAAGACUCCGGAUAAAGCCAGCAUCCAGAGACUCACGGAGGCGUUCGUCACCAACCUUCAGGCCGAGUUCCCCUCCACUGUCAGCACCAUCUACAGAACGAGUGAGAAGCUUCACACAGUCAAACCUUCUGGAAGUGAAGCAACUGAACCUGCGUCUAAAUGCCUUCUGUGUGUGUGCGCUCUCGACACUACUGUGGAUAAAGCUUCGGCUUUCCAUGCCACUCUGGUGUCUGAGCAGCUGUCCCAGAUCAAGCCCAAGGACGUGUCCCAUGAUGCACUGCGCUGCGUGGAGGCUCAGGACGUGUCCCAUGAUGCACUGCGCUGCGCGGAGACUCAGUGUUGUGGGACCGGCGGCUGCUCCUCAAACCGGGUUCCUGCACAUCAGGACUGGAAGACACUGUUGUGUUACAGCUGUAGACUCACGGUUAAGGACAUGGAAUCCGUCGACACUCUUCCAGCGUACAUCAGGACAGAGGCGGAGAAACGGAGGAAAAGAGCUUUGAUGAAGAUGGAAAUCAGCGAGUAUCUUUUGGAGGACGGCGACUAGCAGAUAUU